AUGAUCACUGCAACAGAAGAGGAAAACACAACCAACCCAAAGCUUGCACAUUCAAUGACACUCCAUAUGGCUGCACUUUACACCAAGAAGAAUGACUUUGCAGAAUUGAAGAUGUUGUCUGUGAAAGUAUCUCAGCAACAGUCUAAGAAGAAGAUUAAGAUACUUGAUGAUAUUGUACUGAUAAAGAAAAUGCCCCCAAAGAGGCCAUCAAAGAGGAAGUUCAAACAAGAGCCACUCAAAGAGAUACAGCAGCUCACCAGAAACCCACCAACUGCACAGAAAACAACCAAUGGAGAUCAAGCUCCAUCAGAGAAAGAAGAAGAUGGUGAUCAGAACUUUGAACUCCUUCCUCUCUCAGUACAAGCAACAGUCUCAAUGCAAGCAGCAGUUCCAGUGCAAGCAGCAGUUCCAGUGCAAGCAGCAGUUCCAGUGCAAGCAGCAGUUCCAGCACAAGCAGCUGCCUCAGUGCAAGCAGCUCCCCCAGUGCAAGCAACAGUCCCAGCACAAGCAGCUCCCCCAGUGCAAGCAACAGUCCCAGCACAAGCAGCUGCCUCAGUGUAA